AUGUCGUUAUAUUCAAUACCGUUUACAUUUAUAUUUCUAUCAUAUUUAUGCAAUCUAGUCAAUGCUGAUGGAAAUAUAGGUGGAUAUAUAGGUGGAGGUAUUGGUGGUCUUAUAAUAAUAAUUCUUGAUAUUAUUGCUAUUUUUGAUGUUCUUGGAACUCCUCGUACUAUUGUUGGAAAAUUACUUUGGAUUUUAUUGAUUAUAAUCUUUCCUAUAGGUGGUUUGAUUAUUUGGUUACUUUUUGGACGAAAAACAACUCCAGUUAUUUGA